CUCUGACUGUGUGUGUGUGUGUGUGUGUGUGUGCGCCAGUGACAGAGCUGUAUCAAUGAAAGUGUGCAUGAAUGAACCGUGUGUGUGUGUGUGUGAGAGAGGUGUGGCUCUCUCGGUCAUAAACUCCUGCUGGUUCUGCAGUGGCGUCACACUCUUCAGGAGACGCGAGCAGGUGAUAUCAGAUUCCCAUCCACAGUCAUGUGGUGAUACGGUCUCUCUCUCUCUCUCUCUCUCUCUCACACACACACCAUGGCGCACCCGUACGACCCCUGGUUGCGCGCCGGGCCGCCGCAGGACGAGGUGAGCGUGUCUGGCUGGUGGGACGUGCACACUGGAGCCGCGGCGGGUUGGAUGGACCUCCAGGGGGCGGGGCCAGGGCAGGGCGGGGCCAUGGGCUCCUACACGACCGACCCUCAGAUGUGCUGCCUGCCUCCCUCCGGCUCCGCCCACUCUGGCUCCGCCCACUCCGGCCUGCACUUCCCGCCAGAGGGCUUCAAGAUGGAGCCGCUGACGCAGGAUCUGCUGCCGCUCCCGCAGGCCUCGUCGUCGUACUCCCCGGAGGAGCCGCAGGACGCCGCGGGUUCUUCCGCUCGGCCCAGAUCGCAGCGGCGCGCGGGUGGGCGCGCUCCCGGUCAGGCCUCCUGCCGCUGCCCCAACUGCCUGAGCGCCGAGUCCCUGGGAAGCAGCGGCGGAGACAAGCGCAAGCACCUGCACAACUGCCACAUCCCCGGCUGCGGGAAGGCGUACGUGAAGACGUCGCACCUCAAAGCGCACCUGCGCUGGCACAGCGGCGACCGGCCCUUCGUCUGCAACUGGCUGUUCUGCGGCAAACGCUUCACCCGCUCGGACGAGCUGCAGCGCCACCUGCAGACGCACACCGGCGCCAAGCGCUUCGGCUGCAGCUCGUGCCCGCGCGUCUUCCUGCGCGCCGACCACCUGGCCAAACACGUGCGCGUGCACGAGACGCCAUGCCAACCGGCCGAAGAGACUCACCCGGCGACGGGGAGCAGCGCCAGUGCGACGUCGCUGCUCAGAGUCAAGACGGAAUCAGAGACCGGCGGCGGCGACGACACACCGAAUGGCUAAUCGCGGUUCUGAUGAACGAGACUCACAGAUGUGCCGUUCUGAAACCGACUGAUAUGAACUAUAUUCAAUUCUGUAAAUGAUCUGUAGAAGGUGGCAUUAUCAUGUAACGCGUAACAUAAUGCUUUUAUUUCUUCAGUUUUAUUUAUAUUUGUACAUUUUGUGUUUCAUUCUCUGUUGAUUAACUUAAAGAUGGUGUGUGUGUGUGUGUGUGUGUGUGA